AUGGAGAUGAAUUAUGAUCCAGAGAUGCAGUUAAAAUUGGCUUGUCCAGAAUCAGAAAGAGCUCAUACAAAGGGCAACAUUCCAGAGAGAGGCCAGUGGUCAAAUAAAGUUGAAUUUCUCCUGGCUGUCGCUGGGCAAAUUGUCGGUUUAGGAAAUGUGUGGAGGUUCCCAUACUUAUACUACAAGAAUGGAGGAGGAGUAUUUUUAAUUCCAUAUUUGUUCUUCCUAUUUGUCUGUGGCAUUCCACUGUUCCUCAUGGAGAUAUCAUUGGGUCAGUAUACCAGUCAGGGUGGCAUCACCUGCUGGAGGAAAAUCUGCCCCCUGUUUGAACGAUUGGGCUAUGGAACUCUGGUGGCUGUGUUGUACUCCAGCAUCUACUACAUCCUAAUUUUGGCCUGGGCAUUCUUCUAUCUUUUUUCUUCCUUUAGUGCUGAAUUACCAUGGGCUACCUGCAACAAUUUCUGGAAUACCGCCCCACAAUAG